GUGUACACAAUAAUAAAUUAUCAUUUGGCUGAUUUUUAUCCAUCUAAAAAGAAAUAGAAUUAUACAUACAUAUAUAAACAUAAAUAUAAUCAAAUUAACUAUUGAAUUAUAUAAUUAUGCCAUCUGGACGUUCAAAUAAAAAUCAAGCAUUACGUACUGCUAAAUCGGAUAGUUCACUUCAUCAAGAAGAAUAUGAUCGAAAAACAAAUCAAAAAGUAAUUUAUCGAUGUAUUGUAUGUGCACUUGAUAGAACUUUAGUGAAUAGUAUAGAAGUAAAGGAAAGAAAUAAUCUAAGUGAUUUAUUUAUUUCACAUAUGAAGAAACGUACAAGCCAUCAAGUUCGUUUUAUAUGUUUACAAGAUCGAAUUAUUUUACGAAAGAAAAAUUUUGUUGCUAAAUCAUUAUUUCGUGAUCAUGUAUCAUACAAAGAUAUAGAACAUUUUUUUAUGUGUAAAGAAUACCCAGAUAUGUUUAUGUUAUCAGUGAAAUCUGAAUUUCCAUAUUCAAGCUACUGUGAAACAUAUAAAUGUAAAGAUCCUAAUGAUACUAAACGUUUAUGUGAAAUAAUUUAUGAUGCAUCUAAACAAUCUGAUAACAUGGUACAUGAUAUGCCGUCAGUGGAUUCUCCAUUAAAGGCACAAUCUAUGUCAUACAUUGAUACUCAAAUCAGUUCAGAAGUUACAAAUAAAAAUCUAUUGAAUCGUUCAUUAUCAAAUAGUUUAAACGAUGGUUGGGCUACACCAAAAUUACAUAAUGAAUCACCAAUACAACUAUCAACCGAUUCACCAGUUCGAUCACCAUUACUUUCUUAUCGAUCACCUGUUCAAAGGCCAAUGAGUCGUGAAUCUCAAAUUAAACCAUUAGUAGUUACACCAAUUAAUACAGUGAAUACUUCAGCUUACGUAUCUGCUCCAACUGAAAUGACCACAAAUACAACAUAUUUCGACUACGAUCCUAUUCAUGGACCACAGAUUAAUGAAGUUGGACCAAUUUAUAUGUUUAUGGUUAGACAUCCAUCACAACCUGACAUGACACAUUUAAUACAUGAAUCAUAAUCAGUAACUAAAUACAACACACACAAAAAAAACACGAAGAGGAGAGUUUUUUUUCGAUACAAAAAAAGGAACAAGAUUAAUUUUGUUUACCAAAAAAUAAAAAAACUAUUUUUUUUUAAAAAAAGCAUAACUUUUCUUUUAUUAUUUAUCUUACAAAAGUUAUAUUCAAAGAAAGAUGAAAGCAUCUAUGAAAGGUAAUGCGACAUUGUUUACAACAAACAUUGAAUUGAUGAUAAUAGUUCUACUUAUAGCAAAUUGACAUGAUCAAAGUAUUAUUAUUAUUGUUGUAAUAUUUCUUGUUGUUUUUUUCGUUUUCUUUUUUUUCUUUUUGUUUGUUUAUUAAACUAUUUUUAGUAUUAG